AUGCUAAAGAUCAUCUUUCCCUCAUUUAUGCUUCUCCCCCUAGUCUGACUAUCAAACCCUAAAAAAACCUGAAUAAACACAACCUCAUAUAGUUUUAUAGUUAGCCUAAUUAGUCUUACACUACUAUGACAAACUGAUGAGAAUUAUCAAAAUUUCUCAAACAUAUUUUCCUCGGACCCAUUGUCAACCCCACUGAUUAUUUUAACAACUUGACUUCUACCCUUAAUACUCAUAGCCAGUCAAAAUCAUCUAAAAAAAGAAAAUCCCUUACUUCAAAAACUUUAUAUCUCUUUACUAGUGAGUCUCCAAAUUCUUCUAAUUAUAACUUUUUCUGCAACCGAACUAAUUAUAUUUUACAUUCUAUUUGAAGCAACUCUAAUUCCAACACUUAUUAUUAUUACUCGAUGGGGGAACCAGACAGAACGAUUAAACGCAGGAAUUUACUUUCUAUUUUAUACAUUAAUUGGUUCUAUUCCACUACUAAUUGCCCUAAUCCUCAUCCAAAACUACAUCGGAACGCUUAACUUCACAAUUUUAUUGUUAACAACACAUACUAUAGAUAAUUCCUGAUCCAACAGCCUGCUAUGAUUAGCAUGCAUAAUAGCAUUCUUAAUUAAAAUACCACUAUAUGGAGUUCACCUAUGACUUCCAAAAGCUCACGUCGAAGCCCCAAUUGCUGGGUCAAUAAUUCUAGCAGCUAUUCUUCUAAAACUAGGCAGCUAUGGAAUAAUCCGUAUUUCUGUUAUUUUAGACCCCUUAACAAAAUACAUAGCCUACCCCUUUAUUCUUUUAUCUCUAUGAGGAAUAAUUAUAACUAGUUCAAUCUGCUUACGCCAAACAGAUUUGAAAUCAUUAAUUGCCUACUCCUCAGUUAGUCAUAUAGCCCUAGUCAUUGCAUCCAUUAUAAUUCAAACCCCAUGAAGUUUUAUAGGAGCAACAAUACUCAUAAUUGCCCAUGGGCUUACAUCAUCACUCUUAUUCUGCUUGGCAAAUUCUAAUUAUGAACGAAUUCAUAGCCGUACUAUAAUUAUAGCCCGCGGACUUCAAAUAAUUUUCCCACUUAUAUCUACAUGCUGACUACUAGCUAGCCUGGCUAAUCUAGCAUUACCUCCAUCAAUUAACCUAAUAGGUGAACUAUUCAUUACUAUUUCCUUAUUUUCCUGAUCCAACUUUUCAAUUAUUCUCAUAGGCACAAACAUCAUUAUCACGGGUAUAUAUUCAAUAUAUAUAGUCAUUACAACCCAGCGAGGUAAGCUAACAAGCCAUAUAAUUAAUCUUCAACCUACCCACACACGGGAGUCAACUCUCAUAGCCCUACAUUUAAUUCCACUAAUUCUUCUCACCGUUAGUCCAAAACUAAUUACAGGCCUAACAAUAU